GUGAGGCUCCUUGGCUGCAGAUUCCAGACUGCUGAUUGCAGCAUCCCACGUAUCCCACCUAGCGGAGCCCAGCAUCCUCUUCUAACCAGUGGCAGCAACAACAAGGCAGUCUGUCCACGAUGAGCACCAGCACCGGGAGUGGCCACGGAAGUGGGCUUGGGCAUGAACGGUUGAUUGGCAACCGGAAUCGCAACAAUGGGGAGCUCAGCCUGAUGCAGGACCUGCAGAACAAGUACGCCUUCCUUGAGAAUCUGUUCAGCAAGUUCUGGAAGUCGAUCAUUCAAUCGAAUUCCAAUCUCAAGCUUCGCCUAAGGAAUGUCAAGUGGAAGAAUGCCAAGGCCAAGCCCGGCUGUGCCUAUCAGCCAACCGAGAUUGAGCAGGUGGCCAAUGUGAUUACGCACGGGAUUUGGAUAUUGCCAGCCGUGUUUGCCGCCAUUAAGCUGUUUGAACGCUCCUCGAGCUCCAGCCAGUACCUGGUGUCCUGGGUCUAUGGCGGCGCCCUCUGCAUGCUCUUCACCGUGUCGACCUUCUUUCACUGCUCCUGCUACUGUGCCGAGCACAAACCGCCGCGGAAUGUCAAGGCAUGGCCCAGCCUCGGCUGGCAGACGUACCAGGGACUGAAGAAUGUGCUGCAUCGGUGCGACAGGGCCAUGAUCUAUGUAUUCAUUGCCGGCUCCUACUUCCCCUGGCUGACGCUGGAGAACACGGACCACUCGACCAUACUCUUCUGCAUGGAGUGGGUCAUCUGGCUGAUGGCGGCCGUCGGGAUUGCUUACCAGCAGAUAUUCCACGAGCGCUACAAGUGCCUGGAGACAUUCUUCUACUUGGUUAUGGGCCUGGGCCCAGCGCUGGUGGUUGUCUUUACGGGCCAUCACUUUCACGGGAUGCUGCAACUAAAAUUCGGCGGCGGAUUCUACAUUCUGGGCAUUGUGUUCUUCAAGGCGGAUGGCCUGAUACCAAUGGCCCAUGCCAUUUGGCAUUUGUUUGUGGUUUUGGCCGCUGGAUGCCACUACUAUGCCAUCCUGGUGAACCUCUAUCCCGGCGAAGGAGCUAUCGAACCAUGAGGGCGAUGAGAGUUAUAGGGAAACAGCGAAUUUAGACCUUAGAGUACUUAAACGACAGGGAUUCCUAUGGAAGAUUAGGAUAAUGAUGAUGAAUGUACCCGAGUCACUGCUCCACAAUUAGCCAAAUUUUAUCUCGAGCAAGUACGAAAUAGUUGUAGCCUAGCAUUAGGAACUGAACUAUAUAUGUGUAAAUCGAAACGAUUCUUGUGAUCAGUAUCUGCGGUCUUGCCAAAGAUUCAAACUGUGCGAGUGCUCACGUCUCUAGCGUCUCUCUCUCUAACUUGAUAUUAUUAUAUUAUAUUAGCGAUUACCGAUUAGCGAUAUUUCGAGCAUGUUUCUAUAUACAAUAUACCAUAAUGUACCAGCUCACGAAGGCGAAGGACACACCAAAGACGUUCGAAUUACAAAGAUGAGUAACGCUUUUGAAUUCCCUUCAGGAACUAAUAUAUUGCCGUUACUCAUCUUAGUAAUUUAAAUGUUUUAGGACACACAAAUGAAUGAAUUUGUACAAAUCUAAACGUUUACAACAUGAAUUCUAACGCCCACCCCGCGCCUGCAGCCUGCAUUACCAUUAUACAUGUUUAUACAGAUAUACACACAUUAUACAUCUAUAUAUAUAUCUAUAUAUAUACGGAAUUAUACAGAUAUACUAUACAAUAUAUAUAUACGGAAGUAUGUAGAUAGGACUAAGCAAGAGUCGUUCUGCCUAGUGCGCUCCCAUGAAGGCCAGUUUCAUCGCUUGUCUCAGGGACUACUCGAUGUGUUCGUAGGAUACGAUUGACAUUUUGGGGGCCUGGCUGGCUGGAUCGAUUUCGGUGAAUAUUGCUCUCGUGUGUCUGUACUUUUGCGUCUGCAGUGGCUAUUUCGUUGCAGACCUUCGUUUCUGGUGCAGCUCGAUUAGGUUUAAUGCGGGAAGGGGGACUCUAGACACAAAUCCCUGAGAACUCCAUAGAUAAAGCCUGAAUAAAUGGUUUACUUCCAACUGAAGCGAGGGGUUUUAUUGCGGAAGUGAGUUCAAAAAGUUUACAAUUAAUCAAUAAACUAUUUUGUUUAUUUUAUGUUUGCCUGAUAUUGUGUUACAAAUUGUUUGAAUUUAUUUUUAAAUACAUUCUAGCUUCUACAUAAGUUGGAAAAUAAUAAAUAACAAAACAAUUGCA